CUUUUUCCUCUCAGUCGGUCGCACAGAAGCAGCAGCAGCAGUGACUGUGACAGGAAAUGUACUAGUUUAUUAGCGAGCGGAUGCGUCAUAUUUGCAGUCACAGUAGCACAUACACACGUUGUGUAGAACGAGACUGCACCUUCCCGCCCUGCUCUGCUCACGUGACCGCGUUACUUGUCCGCCCGCGGAGGAGUUCCCUGAGGAUCCUUGCGCCGAGCCGUGUGUAGCGACAUGAUGCAGGGACAGGACAUUCCGCGGGAUGUGAUCAGUCUGCUGAAAGAUGCAGAGAGUUACUUAGCCGAGUGCUUGCAGAAUGAAAAGCUGAGCAGCAGGGCAAGAGAGCAAAGGGACGAGAUCCUGCACAGCUUUUGGCAAAUACGAAACAGGUACAGCGUAGAAUUUGUGCAGAAAGGAGGUGAGGCUGCUUCUCCCCAUACAGGACAGGAUGAUUACGAUGACAUUCACAGCGCAAGUUAUACUCCAUCUCAGGCCUCUGAUGAGGUCUCUUUUGCUUCUGAUUAUGCAGAUAAUGAGGAAUCUGAAGAUGAAGAUAUAUUUAAUAAAGUCUUGAAACAGGGCUAUCUCGAGAGGAGAAAGAAAGAUCACGGCUUUUUUGGAUCUGAGUGGCAGAAGAGGUGGUGUGUGCUCACUAAGAGAACUUUCCUAUAUUAUUCCAGUGAGAAAGGGAAGCAGCCCAAAGGUGGUUUUCCUAUAAAAGAUUCUCUAGCACAACUGACGCCUCACAUUCGCAAAGACUCCCGGCGUGAAGGUUGCUUCGAAAUUGUUACUCCAGACCAACAUGUCUUCCAGUUUACUGCUUCCAGUCCAAACGAUGCCAGAGACUGGGUGGAACAGAUACAGUUCUUGGUGAAAGACAUACAGUCGACUAUUAUUCCCUAUGAUGAGGAUGAGGAGGAUGAUGAUGAGGAACCCUAUGAUGAUGUUGAACGCCCAAAAUCUUCUCCAGCAGUUGGUCUUCCAAAUAAUAUAAAAGACAGCCUGCAGGAAGAUGAUGUCUAUGAAUCGAUACCAGGUGAAGAAGAGUUGGAAGAAUCCGAAGAUGAAAAGGCGACGAAUUAUGAGAUGAAACCAGGUGAAGCUGUGACCACCUAUGGAGAUUAUUACCAAGGACUCUGGAACUGUUUCAGUGACAAUAAUGAUGAGCUUUCCUUUGAGCGAGGCGACCUUAUCCACAUCCUGAGCAAGGCGGCAGUGAGAAGCUCGUGUGGCAGUGGAUUUAAUUAGUAUGUCCCCCCCCCCGCUCUUCAUUGCGCCUGAUCCCGAGACCCUCGCCGGCGCCCCUUUUAUGACACUUUCCUGUCCGGCUGAUGUCAGAUGUGGCCCCCGAGCAACACACACGGACCAACACUCGUACAACAUUCAUUUUAUCAUCCUUUCACUAUUCAUUAGUCUGACGCUCAAUAGGCCACCUAGUUGCUAGGAUAAUUGGGUCCCUAGCAACCAGAUAACCCUUCACAUUUCAGCUGCAGAAGAAAACGCCAAAUUACGAAUACAAUGAAUAAAGACCAAUAAUCCAUUGAAUGUCGGAACUAGAAAGCGACGCUCCCACAACAGUGAAAACUUUUGAAACCCACAAAGAAUUAAACCAAUCGAGAAUCCCACUGUCUGAAUGACACUGCCCCUUUAAUUGAUGGAAACAGUGUGCCCCUAAUAUGAAGGGUGUAUAGAAAUAUAUAUAUAUAUACAUGGGCCUUUUUAUCCAUCAUUUACUUUUCCUUAUUCAUUUAAACAGAAGGGUGCAGUUAUUAUGCACAGAGUAGAGUCCAGCGCGAUUAAACCCGAACCCGCAUACUUACCCGCUUGGACCCGCGACCCGCUG